GAGUAUAAAAAAUUUUGAAAUGUCGUCAUUAAAAUAUGAAAUCGGAUUUUAAACAUAUUUUAAAAUUAAUAGAGGAAAAAAUAAAAAAAAAAUGUAUUAAUUUUUUUUUUUUCAAAAAUAACGCAAAAUUAACACAUUUUUCUUUAAAUAUUAAUAAAAGAAUAAUUAAAACAAGAAUUGUAAUAAAAAAAAAUAUUAAUUAAAAAUUAUUAACAGCAAAUUAAGAGAAAUAAAAAACAAAAAUAACGAAUACAGUAUAUUUUUUUAUUCUUUUCUCUCACCGUUAUAUUGGAAUCCGGAAGUUAUACUGCAUAAAUAAAAUAAUAAUAAUAUGAAGAAGAUGUGCUUAUAUUAAAAUUUAUUAUUUAUUUAUUUACACAUACCUAUAUAUAUAAAAUAAAUACAUAUAUAAUAAAAUAUUUUUAAUUUAUUGUUACUUUUCUAUUUAAGUUAUGCACGCUUAAUUAUAUUUGGACAUGCAAACGUGUGACUAUGUUCUCUUAAUUAAAAAAAAAAUAAAUAUAUAGAUAAAGAAUAGAACAAGUGGAGCCUAUAUAUAACAAGAAUAAGAAAAUAAUAUGAAAUGAAAAUAUCAGUUAUAAUUGGAAUUUAAUAAACUAAAAAUAUUUUCCAUAAUAAAAUUCUAAAAUUAUUAUUAUAAGAAAAAAAACGAAAAAAUAAAAGAAAUACCAUGUUAAAUUAUAAUAAGACAACAUAACUAACAUUAACCAACAAAAAAUAUAAUCAAGAGCAAUUCAAACACACAGAAAAAAAAAAAAAAACAAAAUAUAAAAUCAUUCGAAAAAAAUAAAACAAGUGAAAAAAAAAACAAGUAAGUCUUAAUAAAAUAUCAUUUAUACCGUUUUGUCUGUUAUUUUAAGAGAACAAACAAUGUUAUGACAUUUUCUUUAUUACAUUAUUUAUUAUCUUGUUAAAAAUAAAUAUACAAUAUAUAUACUAAAUAGAGAAAAACAAAAUUACUUGCCUAUAUAUUUAUAUUAUUUUACAUGGAUUUAACAACAUAAUAACAAAAAUAAGAAUUAAUAAAUACAUAAUAUACGAAAUAUUUUAUGAAAUUAUCUUCAUAUGCCAUGCUAUUUCAUAAAUAUUGACAUUUUCCUUAUAUGCCAAUCCUAGAUAUAAUAGUAAAUAGACAUUGACAUUAAAUUAUUACGCGAAUACGGUAUAACGUUACCAAAAUUUCAAAAUCACAUUGAUAAAACAUAAUAGACCUAUAUAUAGAACAAAUAUAACAUAUAGGCAUUUAAUUUAGCGUGAAAAAUAAUAAUGGUGUAUAACAGAAAAUAGUGAAUUAUAAUGGCACAAUAAUAAAAAAUAUACAUAACUUUUAUUUAAUAAUUUGUUAAUAAUCAGUGAUUUAUUCAUAAAAUAUUUAUAAAAAUAAAUUUAUAAUUAAAACGUUUUCUAGUUCUAAAUAAAUGAAAAUUAAUUAAAUUAUUAAAGUCAUACGAAAUCCGAAUUUGGAAGGCUAAAUCGAACACGAUUUUUAAUUAUACUUACAUAUAUACCUAUACAAAAUUAUGUAGGAACUUAGUAUAUACUAAAAUAUUAAACUUACUAAUUGUUAUAACAUAAAAACCGGCAUAAUUUAUGAAAAAAAAAAUAUUUUGAAUUUUCAAUUUCCAUAAUAUUUUCUUCUCUUAUUUAUUUUGUUUUUUAAUUAGAUGAUUUAAUUAACAGAUCCUAAUUAGUGAAAAAUAUAUAUACUCAUAUAAAGUAUAUAAAAACAUUGUCAACAACUAAAUACACAAACUAUUUUAAGAAGUUCAUAAUAAAAUAUACAAAAAAAAAGAAUAUCCUAUAUAUUUUAUUGUAUAUAAAAAUAAAAAGAAAAAUUUAAAAUAAAUUUUUGAAAAAAUUUCUUAAAUUUUUAUACGCGCAUACAUAUAUAUACAUAUAUAUAUAUAUAUAUAGUAUAUAUAUAAAAUAGUAAUAUACUCGGAAAUAUAUUAAAAUAAUUUUGUUUUUAGAAAAACGCGCCAAAAAAGUAACAAUAAUUCCAAGUGUCAUGUUUUUUUACAGGUUAAUUGUUUUACUAAUUUAUGCUAUAUCCCAUGCACUCGCAUUAAAAUGUUACAGUUGUGGUGAUGAAAAUCUUUAUAUUGAUGCAAAAUAUCCUGAUUCACCACCCUGUGAAGAAAUGGAUAGAUCAAUGGAUUUAAAGAAAUUUGAAAUUGAAUGUCCAGCAGAAUAUUUGGGAUGCAUAACACAAAUUAAAGGAAAAGAAAUAAUGAGAACAUGUGAUGUAUUUGCAAUUGAUGAUUGUAAAACAGCAAAUGGUAUCACAUAUUGUUAUUGUAGUAAAGAUUUAUGUAAUAAAGAACAUCAACAAUUAAUGGGGCAUAGUGAUGCUAGAAAAGCAUCUCGUGAUAUAAAUUAUCCAAGUGAUGAUGAAGAUUAUAAUGAUGAUUUAGAUGAUCAAAUGCAUGGUAGUAUUGAUGGUGGUGGUACUGGAAGAAAUAUUGGUGGAAAUUCUGGUGGACAUGGUGUUAAUGGUGCCGGUAGUAUUGGUACCAGUGGAACUGGUCAUAAUAGAAAUCAUAAUCAUCGUAAACAUAAUAAACAUAGAAAUCAUUUAAAUAAUAUUGAAGAUGGUAAUGAUAAUGAUGAUGACGAUGAUGAUGAUGAUGACGAUGAUGAUGAAGAUGAUGAUGAUAUGAGAGAUGGUUCUGGUAUGAAUAAUUUAGGAAAUCAAUUUGAUAAAGAUAAAUUAAAUCGUGAAGUUGAAGUUAUAUUGAAUAAUAGUGGUAAUAGAAUAUUUAAUAUUAAUUAUAAUAAAAAUUAUUAUUAUUCUAGUCCAAUAAUAAAUAAUCUAAAUAUAAAAUUAUUGAUUAAAAUUAGUUUAAUAUUUAUUCUAAUAAAAACAACUACAAUUUUAGCAUUGGGUUAAAUGAUGAAAAUUUAUGAUAUAAUUAUAUAAUUUAAAUUAAAAAGAAAACUACAAUUUUUAUUUG